GCAUCAUAUGUUAUAGAAUCCACAGUAACCGCCUCGUUUCAGGAACCGUCAGGAAGCGAGCGUGAUGCAGGACCCGCAUGCACAGCCGGAGACAAACUAGCUGGGAUGUUAGUUUAUUGGCAAUCACUCCAGUAAACAACAGCAGGCAAGAAUCAGUCAGACAGGCAACGGUCAGCAACAGGAGAUCCAGAUUACAGGCAAAAGCACCGACAGGGAACAGGCGAAGACUGGUAAAUACGACAAACGAAACACGGUUUUAUUCGAGCAGGAGCUGAUGAUGAACCGCUGGACUGAGGUGAUAACACGCUACGAUCUGGCAGAGAACUGAGCAAAUACCACUACUACUGUGGCUUCUGAUUUGUGAUCACGGUGGAGAAGAAUGAUAGUGCUGCUGCUGUUGGGAGCCUUUGUUUCUGUGGGUCUCGCUGAUGUUGUAGAAGAGAAGUAUGGGGCGACAUGCAUCAUGGAUCUGCCCACAGACACUUACUCCAUUGAAUUUGAGAGUUUUAGGACCUGGCGACCAAAGGUCUUGUGGAAACGCGACGACCCUUCAUACUCUCAGGACAGCAGGCUGCAGGUGACACCUUCCUCUUUCACCAUUAGACAGGUGACACAGAGAGACAGUGGCCUCUAUGUGAUGAAAGACAAAUAUAAACACGAGCUGAAGAGGAGGACGCUGAAGGUGAAAGAAAAUAUGGAGACCUACGAAUUGGGUUCUGGUGAACAACUCAGGUUCUCCUUUGAUUUGGAGCCAAAUGUCUGCAACAUUUACUUCAUCCCAAAAACCAAGUCUGAAGACAGAGGCUUAAAGAUUGUAAUAGUCGAUCAAGGAAAGCUGCAGACGUAUUUGGAGAAGUUGAACUGUUCUGGGUUUGAGCUGCUGAGGCCGUGUGGGAUUUUAAUGAGGGACCCACAGAUGUCAUGCGAGGGAUACUUUGAGAUCAGAGACGGCCGCAGUGACAAGGUGUUAGAGGUGGAGCUGAGAAAGACUGUUACAGAAACACAUACAAAAGACCCUCUCUACACAGUCAUUGGUGUUUUCUGUUGGGAUUGUUGCACUUAUCGGCUGCUGCUGCUGCUGCGUGAAGUGCUGCAAAUGCUUGGGAUCUUCUCAUGAGACCGCCUCUGAACCAGCUGUGGCUCCUCCGGAGUAUAGCUAUGAGCCUGCUGCACCAUGGCAGCCCAGUCAGCCUUGGCUGCCACCGUACCCAGUGCCUGCUUAUACUCACAGCAACCCGCUGGUACAGAACCCACCGGCCGUGAACGCUGCUAAUGCUGAGGUUCCAGCUCCAGCUUAUGAUGCGACUGUCCUCAGCCCCAGUGACGAGCCGCGGUUCGAGCUGAAGGGGAUGCGCUUCCCCUUGACGCUUCCUCACAGUUCAGACUCAGCUUACCAAGAUGUUUAUACCUCAGACAAACU